GUGUCUACAUUUAUUUCCCUGCAAACAUUUAAUACAACUCUCACUGUGAUGAUGUCUUAAUCUUUUAGGGGAUAGACAUCAAACGGAAGCACGUUAAGAAGAGGGCACGACAAGAGCCUGCCUCACAGAAUGUCUACCUGAGGCUCCUUGUGAAGCUCUACCGUUUCUUGGCCCGCCGUACAAAUGCAACUUUUAAUAAAGUUAUUCUGAAACGUCUUUGCAUGAGUCGUGUGAAUCGGCCACCUCUCGCUCUUUCUCGUAUGGUGAGAAAAAUGAAAGCAAAGGGUGACUUCUCAGGGAAAAUUUGUGUUGUUGUUGGAACUAUCACAGAUGAUUUGAGGUUGUAUGAGGUGCCGGCAUUGAAGGUUUGUGCACUUCAUGUGACUGAGGGGGCACGUGCAAGGAUUUUGAAGGCUGGUGGAGAGGUUAUCACCUUUGACCAGCUUGCCUUGAGGGCACCUAAAGGAAACAACACUGUGUUGCUUCAAGGGCCGAGGAAAGCUCGUGAAAGUGUGAGACACUUUGGCCCUGCCCCAGGUGUUCCACACAGCAAAACAAAGCCAUAUGUUCGCUCCAAAGGACGCAAAUUUGAAAGAGCUCGUGGUCGCAGAAAGAGCCGUGGUUUCAAAGUGUAGAGAAGAUGUGGAGGCCAAAUGCACAAUAAUAAAGUUGUUUCUCAACCUAA